AUGCCGUCGUCCUUCAUCCUCGCACCAGCCCCGGCAGCACCGCCCGCCGCUUCGUCGACAGAAGAGGUGCACCUCCUCCCCUUCUCGCUAGGGUACAGCGGCCCCGCCCCCGUCUCGGCCUUCUUCCGCCCCCGCCCCGCCCCAUCAACCCACCCAUACCCGGGCUCGACGAUUGCCUCGUUCCGUGGCCGAGCUCUCGUCGCGCAAGAACUAGAACUGCCGAGGGGAUACAGGGGCGUGAUUCUGCAGGCCGAGGCGACGAAGUACUCGGGUGCCGCUGGUUCCUCCUCCGCUACUGCUGCCGCUGCGUCAGAGAGUGAGGAGAGUGGUCGGGGUAGGGGCGCGCCGCUCACGCCUGCGCCGAGUGCGACUUCAGUCGAGGACGAGGGGAGAGUGACGCGCUCGACGCGCUCGACGUCGACGUCCACGCGCGCAAGGGGAGCAGGACAAGUCGCCCUGUCCCGGCCGCGAACGCGGGCGACGCGGAGUAGGAAUAAGAGGAUAGCCCUCUCGGACGAUGAAGACGAGGAUGAGGGGGAGGAUGUCGUCAAGCCCAUGCCUAAGAAGGCCAGGGCUGAUCCUGUCGCCGUGCCCGCCAUCAAUGUACCGGAGCCGGAGCCAGAGCCGGAGGUUAAGAAGGAGACUGCGGAGGGAGAGGAGGAAGGAGAGCUGGAGAAGGAGCCCCGAGACCGACUCAAGACGCCUGACGUUCCCGCUAUCGUCGUGCUUCAGGCUACACCUGGCGCAUCCCAGAAUGAGAAUGCGUCGCAGGCCCCACACGCUCCGCCGUCCCCGAGACCGACUGAGGAUUCUGAGCCGUACACCGCUCCCGAAUCCACCCUUGAUACCGACUCGACAUACGUCAAGACCGACUCUGAGGACGUUAAGACCGCGUCCGAGGACGUCAGGGCCGAAACCACCGAGACGGCGAAAACACCGCGGCCAUCAAUCAUCCUCGGGGAGGACGAGGAACCCUCAGACGUGCGCGUGCUCUACCCCUCUGCCUCAUUCAAGAGCAUCACGCUCUGGACGCCCGACGCGCCCAUGCCCGGCUUUGUCGCUGAUGAGCUCACCUCGCCUGCCGUAGCGACCAAGGAAGGGGAGGAGAGUGGGCUGGGGCAACUGCGCCGCUCGUGGUGGCGCCAGGGGGGGGCGGGGGAGGGCGGAGACGAGUUUGUGCGCGGCCUCGGGGAGUGGAUUGGCCUCGGCGAGAUUGUGAGUUUGAUGAGAGCGAGGAGAAACUGA